AUGUCAUUGCUGAUCGCGAUGUGUCGAUCCUCAUUGACUUCGUCUGUUCAGUCUGAUCAAGAGCCUCUUCUCAAAGCCCUCCUCAAAGAAGUCGAGGACUGGCUCGAAAACGUAUGCUCAUGCUCAUCGAUCAAUGACCUCAAUGCAACUUUCUUGAACAUGAUAAACUCCACGACAGAACCCAAUUUUUUGAUGCCCGGACCCUCAGAGAACCGUUCAUUUCUGGGUCUACAUUCAGGCUACUGCUCGAGCAGUUCUGCAUCAGACAUUCAGAACACUUAUUGUCCAAGGUACUCCAAGGCUUUGAUUUGUCAACAUUUAACAGCACAGUUCAAGAGUCAUUCGGUUCUAGAGAUUCGACUAAAUGGCAACCCUGUCGCAUUUGAGCUAUUUAUGUUCGUGCUAAAACAGGACGACUGCAGCCCAGAUUCGAAUCCAUCUACAAAUGGCUCAAAGGGUUUCCUGCUACGUUGGAUGGCUUAUGACCAUUUAUUACAUCAUUCCCCUCAAUAA